CUCACGUCCUCGGCUCAGCAUGUCUCAGUCGGGACAUCCCGUCACCGUCCGGCUGGUGUUCCUCGGAGCAGCGGGGGUCGGGAAGAGCGCGCUCAUCCACCGCUUCCUCCGCGACCGCUUCGAGCACAAGUACACGCGCACAGUCGAGGAGCUCCACGUGCUGGAGUACGACAACCUCGCGAGCACCGGGAAGACGCGUCUGGAGAUUUUAGACACUAGCGGGAGCUACUCGUUCCCGGCCAUGCGGCAGCUGCGCAUCCGGAACAGCGACGCUUUCGCGCUGGUGUACGCCGUGGAUGACGCCGCGUCCUUCGAGGAGGUGCGGAGGCUCCGCGACGAGAUCCUGGAGCUGCGGGGCGACAAGAGCGCGCCCAUCACGGUGGUCGGCAGCAAGGCGGACCUGACCGAGGCGGAGGGUCGCGUGGUGCCCGCGGUGGGGGCCAUGGCCACGGUGGAGGGGGAGUGGGACGCCAACUUUGUGGAGGCGUCCGCGCGCACAGGUGGGAACGCUGUGGGCGUGUUCAGCGCGCUGCUGCAGCAGGUGAAUGUGCCGCACCGGCUGAGCCCCGCAGUGUUGAGACGCAGGGACACGAUACCGAGAACGGCAGCGAAGAAGAGACCCCCGCUGAAGAAGCACGACAGCUGCGUCCUGUCGUAGAAACGCUCCGGACUUCCGGUGUUCAGGUGUUGCUGGUCAUCACCCACCCACCUACCUGCUGUCCAGAGGUGGAAAGGUCCCGAAGUGGAACUUUAUUGUCCUGGAAGGACGAAAACUUUUUCAUAUUUAUUAUAAUCUAAGGCAGGGGUAUCAAACUCAUUUUAGUUCAAGGGCCACAUACAGCCCGAUUUGAUCUCAAGCGGGCGGACAAGUAACAACCUAUGAAUAAUGACAAGGGCAGCAACAGGAUGCACUUUAUAGUCUAUAUGUUGACGAGUGUUAACGAGUUCGUGUCGUUUGAUAUUAAACGUACAUUUUUUCAUGUCAUGUAAAUAAAACAACUUUAUUGA